AUGCACUGCGGAGAUGGCGUCACCUGGCCUACCGGUCAAGGGCCUAUCACUUGCAAUCCCAAACAUUCCAAACCCUAUCGCAACUGCAUGAACCGACUGGAGGAUGUCAAGCGAACCGGCGAACGAACUCCAUGCGCGAGCGCAUGUUUGGGGAAGACCCGCGAAGCUCGCUGGCACAAAGCCUCUGUGAACACAGGUAUCAAGUUGGGGCAUUGGCCGCCUGCAGGUGUCGAGAAGGGCCGCGGUGGCCGUCAGGUCACUAUAGGGAAGUGUCGCUUUCUACUGGGCUUCUUCUACCCGUGCAUCCUGGGAGCACUGUCACGAAUCCAUGCCCGUUUGCACAGGCCCGCUCUCAAAGCCUAUCGGGGUGUGACGUGGGCCUGUGGGCAUGGAGGCGACUUCAGGGGACUUCAGGGGAGCACCGCCUGGCAUGGGUUUGCACUUGAUUUUGCCACCGGGGCUCUGAAGUUUCUGGACAAUGUGUAUGUUCGUGGCGCGCAGCGCGGCAAGUGCAUCAGCCCGGAACCCAGAAGUGAGACGAUCCCCAAAAUACAAAAGGCAGUCAACAGGCACCUGCAGCUUUGCCGGAGAGGCCAAGCAGUACCCUGCACAUCGUCAAGUGGGGGGCUGAGAAGAGGUUGGGUGACUUCCCGCACCUCUGGGUUGAGGUUUCGGGCUUGUAUGCACAUUCUGCACGGAUCAAGAUGCCGCAACUUGCAGGCACCUCGUACUCGGUAA